UACACGGAUUUUAAUUUUUACAGUACAAGUUUCAAUAACAUGGCUGAAGUUUCUAAUAAAGAAGAAAUACGAAGCAAGCUAAGCGUUAGUACAGCUACACCUGCUAGCGCUAAACAGCAAUCUCGUCCAGAAAAAAAGGCAAGAAAAGCGCUAACCAAACUAGGAUUAAAACAAGUGGUUGGCAUAACAAAAAUUAUGAUAAAGAAAAACCCCUCACUUAUCUUAAAAUUCGAAAACCCGGAAGUUUUUAAGCUGCCACAUUCGGAUUUAUACGUUUUUUUUGGAGAAGUAAAAAAGGAGGAACAAACCCGUUCCAGAGAUAUUUACAUUCAAAAGUUAGCGGAAGCCUUAUCCAAAGAAAAUUUCUCGCCGAAGGAUGACAAUCCACCUGUUCAAGAGGCUGACGAAGAGGAUGCGGUAGAAGAUAUUGAUGAAACUGGUAUGGAUCCAAGCGAUAUUGAGUUGGUAAUGAAGCAAACAAACGUCUCUAGAGUGCGAGCAGUCAAAGCUCUUAAAGCUAACGAUAAUGACUUGGUUAAUGCAAUUAUGGAACUUUCCGACGUUUAGUUUUUCUGUUA